UACUCAAAAUGGCAAUAUUAUACUUCCCAGUAAUUUUUCUAGUUGACCCUCAUUGAAUUUAUCUUUCAAUCUCUGUUUGACGUUUGUUGCUCAUUAGGUUCCAUGAGAAUGGGUAUAGGAUAUUGUAUCUCACUCAACUUGGUGCCCGAAACUUUGAAAGAACAAUACCGUUUACCAGGCAGACAAGAAAACUCAGCCCACGGCAAAACCGCAACUAAUAGAUACAGUACCCCACGCAUCCUUAUCGAGAGCCGGGAUGGGCUAUGUUUUUUAACGUACACCGUGCAUCAGAACGCAGCUUCAUCUGGCUUCAAGAAACUAGAGGACACCCCCCCCUUCCGGCGGCGGCGUAAGAAGACUGAAAAUCUCGUUGCUCCUUACUAAUCUGCUAUACAGCAUACAGGGAGUGCGAGGAAAGGUUUGUCCUAUAUCUAAAGUUGAAAAUUAUUGUUGCUAGAUCUUUGAUGUUAUUGAGCUCUGGUGAGGUGGAUUAUCUAUGAUUCAUGUGUUGUUUGCUGGAUCUGAUUUUUGCAAUUAAUUUGGAGUAGUACCGUUUAGGGUUUUCAUGCAAUACAAGGGAAACCAUGCGUGUAGUGUGAUUCAUGCAUGAUGGCUGGCUGGAUUUCCGUGAAGAAAAGGGGAUGAUAAGGUUUUGGAUUUUAUCUGUUGGAUUUGGUCUGCUUAUUAACAUCUGAAGCUACAAAAACAGCAAACAAAGAAAGAAGAAAGAAGACUACUUUAUCCAUAGUCUCUGUUCGGUGGGUAUUCAAGCUAGCUUUCUGAGUUGGGUGUUUAUCAUUAUUAAAUUCAACAAGGCAAAUAUACGAGACACGAGAGAGAAAGAAAUGCAACAAAGGUAACAAAGAGGGUAUAUUUGGUCAUUGGAUUUGUCUUUCCUUCUGGCUUUGAUUUUCUGAAAGGGGAGAGCUGUUUCUCUGCCAAAACCCGAACAUGGCGAAUCGCUGGUGGGCUGGAAAUGUUGCGAUGAGAGGGGAACCCUUGUCCUCGACCUUGUCGCUUGACCUGAGAAACCCAGAAGAUGACAAUGGUGGAUUAAACCGGCUCGGAAGAAGAGAGCAAGAAUUCAUGGACGGCAACAUCACCAACAACAACAAUAACAGCAAUGCAAACACUACUCCAACCAAUAUCAGCACCAGCAACACUGCCCCACAGAAGCAAAUUAUCGAAGAAGAAGAUAUCCGAGAUCACAAUGAACGCGAGGCUGAGGACCCCAACACGGGACCUCAUGAAGAAAGCGUUGAUCCAGGUAGUAGUGGCCGCCGUCCCCGAGGUCGACCGCCGGGAUCGAAGAACAAGCCGAAGCCUCCAAUAGUCAUUGCUAAAGAAAGUCCCAAUGCCCUCAGAAGUCAUGUGUUGGAAAUCAGUAGUGGCAGCGAUAUUUCCGAGUGCAUUACGUCGUUCGCGAAUCGACGGUAUCGAGGGGUCUCGGUUCUCAGUGGUAGUGGCAUUGUUACCAACGUUACUAUCAGGCAACCUGCUGCACCCGGCGGGGUGAUCUCGCUGCAUGGAAGAUUUGAGAUAUUGUCCCUAUCGGGUGCCUUCUUGCCAGCCCCAUCGCCACCUGGGGCUUCUGGGCUAACCGUUUAUUUAGCUGGCGGGCAGGGGCAGAUUGUUGGUGGGACUGUGGUCGGCGCGCUGGUGGCGUCGGGCCCGGUUAUUGUAAUUGCUGCGACGUUUACGAAUGCAACAUUUGAGAGAUUGCCACUAGAGGAUGAGCAGGCUGCUGGGGAGGCAAUGGAAGUGCAGCAACAAUCAGGGGUCAAUUCGGGUACUUCCGGAAAUUCAGCAUGUCAAGGUUUGAGUGAAACAGCAGCGGCUUCAAUGCCUAUGUACAAUCUACCUCCGAAUCCACUACCGAAUGGUCAGAUACCCCAGGAUGUUUUUUGGGGUCAUCCUCGUCCUCCUCCUUUCUGAGAGAGAGAGAGAGAGAGAGAGAGAGAGAGAGAGGUUCAAUGUUAGUAUGGUUUUGCUGAGUUUUUUGUUUUGAAAUAUUCUUCUUGUAAGCAUAGAAAUGAAGGUUAAGACUUGUUUCUAUCUUCUUCUUAAUUUGUGUUCUUCGUUAGGUAUUUUCUAUGUACUAAAAGUUUGGAUUUCUUAGUUCUCUCUAAUCAAGUUUCUUUGGAAGAA